AAAAGAGUAAAAAAAGUUUAUCUUUUUUAGAAGGGAACACAAGGAGUGGACGUAUCAAGUUAUUAGUAUUAUUAAUAUAAUAAAAAUGAGUCAUGGAAGAAACCAUUAGUUUCUUCUAUUCUUCUUCCUUCCGUUAUACUAAUAUUUCAGAGAGGUCAAAGACAUGUUCUUCUCCGCCGUCUUAGAAUGACAAAGAAAAACCAAGUGGUGACAAAUCAAGAGAACGUCCAAUUUUUUAUUUGUACAUACACACACAACACACACACAAAAAAAAAUAUUCAUUCACUCAUCAUUACUACUACUAAAACUUCAAGAACCCUAUUUAUUUCACUUUGUACUUCUUCUUAUUCUUCUUAGUAUAUAAAUAGAAGUUCGUAGUAUCUUUAUUUCUCACAACAAAACUUUGGUCCAAACAAAAAAAAUAUAUGUCGUCUUCACAAUCACCACCAUCAUCUUUAGGAGGAGGAGGAGAAGGACCUUCUUCUUCUAGGAGAGGUAGACGUGUUGGAAAUGAUGUUUGGCCUGAGCCAUUUGUGGAGGAUUUGGCUUUGUUAGUUGCUAUUGAUGCUUCACAUUCUCUUGGCCGUUUGGCUGCUGCUCAAGCCCUAGCUCUUAUUUUUCAGGUUUGUUCAACAUGGCAAGCAGUGUCACACUCAGAUAUGCUCUGGCAAAACCUAACAAGGCGUAUAUGGAACCGCCACGAGCUUCUCAGGCAAACAUGGAGGGAGGAGUACAUAUAUUGGCAUCAAACAGCCAAUAAUUUCCUUCACCAUAGAUACACUUAUAACACCCUCCAUUUCGUUCCUCAAAACAAUGUGGACGGUGAUGAUGAUGAUAAUGACAACAACAAUAACAACAACGACAGUCUCUUCUGUCGUCGUUUAGCCUUGUCUGAUCAUCAUCUAGCAGCUGGUUUUUCUAACGGCUCGGUUCAAUUAUUUUUCCUACCUAGGAGGCUACAUUUGUCAACAUACCACCCUCAUCAUCGCGAUCGUUUAGGCCGAUUCUCUAGGGCUGUUUCUGGGAUUAUCUUAUCUGAUGUUCAACUUGUGUUUGCUUCUCUCGAUGGUGAUAUUCAUGUAGUGGUCAUUGGUGAUGCUGCACCACCUAGAAGGGCUCAUUUAGGUGAUGUAGUCAAUGAUGGUGCUUUGGUGGAUUUUACUGGCUCUGACCAAUGGUGGGUUGGACUCUAUGCAGGUGUUCCAGGGAGGGCAUUUCACAUAUGGAAUAGGGAGACAGAAGAACUAGUCUUUGUUGGUGGUGAAUUAACAGAUCCAGAAGCUUUAAUGGGUUGGCACCUACUAACCGAAUUAACCGAAAUCGUUGGUCGAAUCCGAGUAACAACUCGAGAGACAGCCGUGGCAUGUACAAGCCUUCAGCUAAUGGUAAUUGACUUACAAAACCAAGGCAUAAUAAUAAGAGCACAACCUUCCCGAAGAGGGAUCAUCGUUGCAUCAUUCGAUGCCUAUAACGAGACACUAGUGGCUGUUGACACUCGAGGCAUGGCUAACGUGCGUAGGGCGGAUAAUUUGGAGGAAAGAUCAAGGUUUACUGUUAGAGGUGCUAACCAAAGAGGAGUUGUUGGAUGCGUAAAUGGAGGAUAUGGAUUUAUGUGGCUAGGGAAUGUUGUUAGGGUAUGGGAUAUUGAAAAUGGAAACUAUCUAUAUAGUUUUGGGGAAAGAACAGGUGAUGUUAAUGCUAUAAUUGCUGAUGAAAGGUAUGUGGUAGCUUGUUCAAGUGAUGCUACUAUACAUUUGUGGGACUUUGGUGCACAAUAGUAGUAUGCACAAUCUUUUAUUUUUUUGUUUUUGUUUUUUGUGGUAUUAUUCUUGGUGGGAAUUUAAGGUAUUUAGGUAGAGUAGAGGCAACAUGGAUGAAUAGAAAAAGAAGAGAAAACAAACAAAAUUGUGAGGGGGAAUGAAUAUAUGCUUUUUGUACCAAGAAUCUACCAAUUAUAUGCUUUUUUAUGCAAUGCAAAGUAGUAUCUUUUACUUUGUCUA